AUGCGAACGCCGCCACGUGAACAGCAAAGAGCAAAGCAGCAUGCGUCUCCGAAGCAAGCAGCCAGGCCAGCUUCGAACAAAAGACCGGAACCUGCGGGUGGUACUGUGUAUACGGGUCGCAACACGUACGAUCGGGUUGCCCAGUUUGCGCAGUUAGCAGCAUUUGAGGCUCCUCCUCCGCCGCCUCCUAGACCACAGAAGCCGAUUAAGUCAGUGCACGUGUCGGACCCUGUUCCCAAGAAUGCCAGAGCUCCACCGCCAGCCCGUCCCGUAGCACCAGCUCGUCCGGUACCGAAGCGUCCGGCCUUCCACAUCCCUGACGAUCCGUUACCUACAGACUAUGACAUUCUAUCCCCCAAGACGGCCAGGUCACUAGCUCCGUCCGUCGCGUCAUCGGCAACUACCGUCGUUGCACCAGGACGCAAUCGACCAACCCCUCUUCAACAGAACCGACGACCGCACUAUGAGAGCAACAAGUUCAAGUCUACCAACAACUACGACGACUCAUUCGUGAGCGAAGUGAGCUCGAUGGCGUGGUCGGGGGCGUCGGGUCUAAGCGACGACAGCUACUACCAUGCAGCGCCGAGCAACACGGCUCGAAUUCCUGUCAUUGAGGCGCCGCGCGACGAUGAUGACGACCAUAGUGAAGACGGCUAUUCCGACUGGGGGCACUCGACGCAGCAUUCCGCCGAUGAGUACCGAAGCACAGCAGCAUCGGACGCGUCCUUCUUCUCCGUGAACUCGGACUUUGCCGACACGAAAAAAAACUUUAAGGAGCGCGAGUUCUAG